AUGGGGUUUAUCAAACAAUCAUGUCAUUAUAUUUGUUUGGACUCUGGUGAAAUAUUAAAACAAAUUGAUGUUGAGGAAGUUUACUUAAAGACGUCUCUCUUGGCAAAAAGGUUUACUCGUCUUUUUAAGUCAAGAUUGCGAAUCUUAUCUUAUCAAACUAUCAGUUCACAUGAUCAUUGUUCUAGACUAGAAUGA